CUCCGCGCCGGGUUGCUUGGUCUGUUGGGCUUCUUGCCCCUCAAAUGUCGGAGAAUCGGCUGCCGCGCUUAGUCCACCUGCACAGUGAUUAACUGAGGGGCGUUCGUUAAUGACUAGCUGGCACCUGCGCUCCUGGGAUAGGGUGGCCCUUGUGCCCAUCGGGGUUUGCUCUGCUCGGAAGCAAAGGAGAAACCGGAAGAGUCGGCGCCCCCCUGCUUUCUGACUGGCUGGACCAAUAGCACUUGACCUAGGAUUUUAGCUGGGUACCCCGAGAGGAAAAAGCGGCAGCCUCUGCCAUCGCUGAAUCGCGAAGGGGUCUGAAUUUGAAGUCAGCCCCGCCAGCCACCUCCCCCUUCCUCUUUCAGAGGUCAUGGCCAAGGCUAGCGCUCUAGAAAGUCUCCAGGUGGAGGCGAGCUGCGCGAUCUGCCUGGAUUAUCUAAAAGACCCAGUGACCAUCGACUGUGGCCACAACUUCUGCCGUACUUGCAUCCUCCGCGCCUGGGAGGAGCUGGAGGAGCACUUCCCGUGCCCAGUGUGCCGCCGCCGAUUCCCUCUGCGGAUUUUCCGUACCAACCGGCAGCUAGGCAAUGUGGCGGAGAUCGUGCGAAAGCUGAGCCCCAAGUGCAGCAAGCGGAGACGGCCCGAAGAAGCGGUGUGCGAGAAGCACCAGCAGGCGCUGAGCCUCUUUUGCGAGAAGGAGCGCGAGGUGGUAUGCCUUAUGUGCUGCAUUUCGUGCGAACAUCGCGACCACCGCGUGGGCCCCGUCGACCAGGCGGCCGCGAGCCACAAGAAGAAGCUGCGCGCCUACCUGGGGCCGCUGCAACGGCAGGUGGAGGACUUGCGCCACUUCUUGGCGGGCGAGCAGAGGAAGCCCGGCUUGCUGCGGGAGAAAGUGGAGAACCGACGGCAGAAGCUCCAGUCGGAGACUGAGAAGCUGCACCACCUUCUGGACGAGGAGCACCAGGCGGUGCUGCGGAGGCUGGAGGACGAGGAGAAGGACAUCCUGCAGAAGCUGAGCGAGAACGUGGCCAUGCUCCUGGACCACGAUACCAUGCUACACAAACUUAUCUGCGAGAUCCAGGAAAGAUGCCAGCUCCCGUCGGUGGAGGCCCUCCGGGGAAUCAAGCACAUCGUCAGCAAGUGCGAGAGCGCCAAGAUUCCGGCUGCUGUCUCCCUAGAGCUGAAGGAAGACAUCUGCAGCUUCCCCCUGCAGCAUUUUGCGCUCAAGAAGAUGAUCAAGAAGUUUAAAGUGGACAUCACUCUAGACCCGGCCACAGCGCACCCCAAUCUGGUCCUCUCGGACGACCGCAAAAGCGUGAAGUUUGUUGAGAAAAAGCAAGAUCUCCCGGACGUCCCGGAGAGAUUUACAUUUUACCCGUUUGUCUUGGGUUCCGAAGGCUUUUUGUCCGGCAGAUAUUAUUGGGAGGUGGAGGUCGGAGACAAGACUGAGUGGACUCUGGGGGUCUGCUAUGACUCAGUAACCAGGAAAGGGAAGAUUAAUUUAUCACCUGCGGAUGGCUACUGGAGACUGAGGUGGGACAAGAAUGGAUACACUGCCCACACGAGGACCCCCAAUAUCCUGCUCCUAAAAAUAAAGCCGAAGCGAAUUGGAGUUUUUCUGGACUAUGACUUGGGGGAGGUUUCCUUUUAUAAUGUGAAUGACAGGUCUCAUAUUUAUACCUUCGCUGAUACUUUUACAGAAAAACUUAGACCUUUUUUCUACCCUGGGGUCCAUUCAUUGCCUCUUAUUCUGAGACCAGUAACAGAUUGGGAAUGAUUUUUUUUUUCUUACGGUUUCUAGGGUAGGUUAAGGGGUUAAUGCCAACAUUUCUGGAUUCUUUUUCAUAAUUUACCGCCAGUAACCAUCAGGAUGUUAUUUCAAAGAGAGGAAGAGAGGGGAGUUAAUAGAAAAUACUUAAUUUUUUCCAGGUAGAUAGGAAAAAAAUACUAAUCAUAUUUUACAUUUUUAGAAACAGAGAACUCAAAGGUUAUGACUUGAUCUUAUCUCACCAUUAAAAAAAUUUCAGAACUGGGUUUUUUAAACUGGCAUUCCAAGAGGAAGUGUUGAGUUGCUCAUCUGUCUUAAGCUCUUAAUUUUAUAGGUUAGACACACACACACAGACACACACACAUACACACACCAUUUCCCUGAAGAAACACUGAACUCCUAUGUGUGUAACCACUGUCACAAAGUUUGUCGGUUUAUAUAUGGUGUCAGUGUUUUGUCAAAAAAAUUGGUAAUGUUUUUUUCUCCUCUUGAUAGUCCUAAAAAGAAAAAUGCAUGAUUUUAUGGUUUAGAGCCAAAUGUCUCUUUCUAUGGGAAUUUUAGUUUUAGAACUUUCCCUUAGGGCUCUCUCCCAUUCCUUGGAACACACACAACCCUUAAAACUAGCAGUGGGAGCUAACGUCUAAUCCAUUUAUCAUUGUAAUGUGUGUAAUACCAUAAGAUUUUAUUUUACACUUCUUUAAUUGCUAGUAUGUGCAUUCUUUGGUUUGAUCUUAUAGUUAAACUGUUGGAUUUUUUUUUAAAGCAUUGUCAGCAGAAAUGAAAAUGCUACCAUUGCUCUCAUUUUUCUCAGCAUUGAAUGUUAAUACUUUAGAUUUUGUAAAAAGAUAUUAGACAUUUAAAAUGAUUUUUCAAUUUGGGAAAAAAAAAACUUUCACAAAAGGACCUAGUUAUGGGGAUAGGUAGUGCCUGGCACUUAGCUGAAUGGAUCUAAGCAAGUUAGCUUUGAGCCUCAGUUUCCUUAUUUAGAAAAAGAGGAUGCUGCCUACCUCACAAAGUUGUUAGAAGCUUUGUAAAUCUUAGAAAUACUCUUUUAUUUUAAUGCUAGGAACUGAAACAACUUGACACUCAAUAAACUGUGGACAUCAUUUAUAUUUUCAUCUUUAGUAUGUAUUUUACAUAAUUGUGAUCUGCACAUAAUCUGAAUUUUUCUUCACAUGAACAUUUUCAUCUUAAUUUUAAUGCCUAUGCAGUAUUCUAUCUUGGUACUAUAAUUUAGUGAGUUAUCCCCUUGGCUAUCAGGCAUUUUGCUUUCUUCUGGCUUUGACUUACAGCUCUGCUUUGAUCAGUUUUUUUCCUUUGGAAUUGAGGCUUAUUAGUGUUCACUCCAAGAAAUAGAUUAGAGGAAACAACUCUAGCUCUUAUUUUCUCUCUAGAAAAAAAACUGGACCAGUUUUUAGUUUCAUUGUUUUCCCCUUCUCUCAUUCUGAUUCUCUCAUUCUGAUCAGUGCUAGUUCUAAUAGUUGAAUAAUUGUACCUUAAAGAUUUUUUUUAAUACCAUAGAGUUUUGAUGAGCCUGUCUUUUAAUUUUUACCUUGGAACUGCAUUUUAUCUUAUUUGCUCAUUUUCUCAUGCCUAAUAUUUUUAGAUCUGAAUGUAAAUCUUGACACAUGUAAAUUUGGAUAGUAAACUAACUAAUGAUAUUUAUCAUUUUUUCCCAUUCUGUCUCUUUUUUCCCCCUUUGUUUAACACCCUUACCUUUGGUCUUGAAAUCAAUACUAAGUAUUGGUUCCAAGACAGAAGAGUAUUAAGUACUUGAUAAUUGAGGUUAAAUUACUUGCUGAGGGUCUCAAACAGCUAGGAAGUAUCUGAGGCCACAUUUGAACCUAGAAUCUCCUAAGCUACCCUUAGUUCUUAUUCUUUUGUUAUAUUUUACUACAUUAACUUAAAAAAAAGUUUUCAUUUUAUACAAAAGAUCAAGUUUAUCUGGAAUGGUACCAUCCAUGGAUUAUGUUUGGAGAAAUUCUUUUAUUUUUUGUUAUUUUUUUUAAACCCGUACCUUCCACCUUAGAAUCAAAUACUGCAUAGUGGUAAGGACUAAGCAAUGAGGAUUAAGUGACUUGCCCAGGAUCACACAGCUAGAAGCAGAACCAGGUUGGCUAUUUACUAUGAACUGAAUUUGACCUAUAUAUAUGGUAGAUAGCAGCAAAGGAUAAUAGAGCAUUUGACUUCAUUCUUUCACUACCUGUGUGACUUUGGGCUAGUAAUUUAACCUCAGCUCUUAAAAUGAAGAUAAUAACACCUUCCCUACCUCACAGAGUUGUGAAGAAAGUGCUAAGUAAACUAUAAAGAUCUAUAGAUGCCUGUGAAUUAAUUAUGGUAGUUUAAGUAUCCCUAAAUGAAAAGGCUGGCAGAUGAUAAACUUUUUCUAAACUAUAAUUACCAGUCAUAACCCAUUUAUGGGAUCAUAGAUUCAGAACUGGACUGCAGAGGUCAUUUAAUCCAACUCUUAUUUUACAAGUAGAUAAAACAAGCCCUGAGUAGGAAGGCUUAUUAUUGGCCUUCAAAGCUAGAUAUUUGCACCCCAGACUAUCACUUCUCACUAUAUCAGAUUGCCUCACCUUUAUUUCUAUAGCAAGUAUAUAGAUAAAAUGAAAAGCUUUGAUAAAUACAAUGGAUUAAAGGAGAACUAGGUAGCACAGGGGAUAAAGUGGAAUCAGAAGACUCCCAAGUGAGUUUACAUCUGCUCUCUGAUAUUUAUUAGCUAUGGAAACCAAGGCAAGUCACUUAAUCCUGUUUGCCUCAGUUUCUUGACAAGAAUACCCCAAAUGGGGUCAUGAAGAGUAGAACACGGAAAUGACUGAACAAUAACAAAGUUCCUUAAUGCAUAGUUCUACUAGGAUAGCUAGAUACAUUUGAACAUUUUUACAUGUGUUUGUAACUUUGGGGUAAAAUCUUAAAUAAUACUAGAAUUGGAAAUGUUUAUAUUUAGGAUUUAUCAUUCCUUUUAUGCCUUCAUAAAUUUGCACCAUGGCCAAAAAAAAAAAAACAGAAGAAAAAUAUUAUUAAUUUCAACUCAUUUUGAAAAUAUUCAUCCAUACUCCAGGCUUAAGAAUAUUACCUAGAUUAAAAACAUUUUAAGCAAUUACCUGAGAAUAAGGGAAAUAAGAAAAAAUUACAAAAAGAACUUUUCUUUGUCUAGAUUGACUUGUCACCUUUGACAUCCCAACUAUUAGAAUGAAUUUGAAGAUGUUUCUGAAAUCCAUGAAUUUACUGAUAUCUUGCGUCUUUAGUCUA